AGGGUAAGACUUCCCAGGAUGCUUUGCCGCGCCCGCCGACCUCGCACGCGCAGCUAACCUGCACCGAUGCUAGGCUAGCCGCCUUUGCUACGAACGGCGGACAUGUUGUGCUAACCCUCGCUAGGAUAAACGUCGCCGGCAGCAGGUGCGAACAGGGGGGGACGUCGCCGCGGGAGUCCUGUGGACCGCCAUGGACGCCGUCAACGCCUUCAAUCAGGAGUUAUUCUCCUUGAUGGACAGUAAGCCGCCAAUAUCUCGUGCCAAGAUGAUCUCCAUCACCAAGUCGGCCAUUAAAGCUAUGAAACUCUACAAGCAUGUGGUCCAGAUUGUGGAGAAAUUCAUUAAAAAGUGUAAGUCUGAGUACAAGGUGGCGGGCCUGUACGUGGUGGAUUCCAUCGUCCGCCAGUCCAGGCACCAGUUUGGCGCUGACAAGGAUGUGUUUGGACCCCGCUUCACGAAAAACAUUGUGGGCACCUUUGAGAACCUCUGCCUCUGCCCCCUGGAGGACAGAAGUAAGCUGGUACGUGUCCUGAACCUGUGGCAAAAGAAUGGCGUAUUCAAGAGCAACGUCAUUCAGCCCCUCCUGGACAUGGCCGCCGGCACCAGCAGCGACGCGGAGCCUCAGGCCGCCAGCUGCCCUCCGCCUUACGCCGAAGAGCCUGCACCUUCCUCCCCGCCGACCCCCACCAAAGACCAGGCAGCCGCGGCGCCCAGUGCGUCACCACAAAAGCAGGACCCCUUCACCGCCGUGGCACAGCUCUUCCAGUCCACGCAGGGUCAACAGCUCCAGCAGAUGCUUCAGAACUUCCAGCAGCAGCCUGUCCAAGUAGAACCCACCCCUCAGGCGCCACCUGCCCCCCAAUUGGACACCUCAAGCGUCCCUCCCGUUUUCAGCAACGCCCUCACGCAUCCUCCUCAGGCCGGCCAACAGAAGACUGCAUUUGACAAGACAUUAUUGGAUCGUUUUGACUACGACGAUGAACCUGAAGCCGCAGACGAGACCAAGGACGACGUCUCGCAGCCCUCUGACAGUAUGCAGCCGCCUCACGCCUUGCAGCCGCCUGUGAUGAGCAUGACUCAGGACUUCUCGCUGCAGGGUCCUCUCCCUCCUAACGGCCAGCUUCCGUCCUAUGGGCUGAUGCCCGGACAAGGAUUCACAGGAAUGAUGCCUCAGAUGGGGCACGUUCUACCGGGCCAGCCCUUCACUGGUUCCGUGGGACCUCCUGGCUUCCCGGGGGUUUAUCCUCCUCCACUUCCUCACUCGGCCCAGCAACAGCAGGAUGCAACAGUUGAAGCAGAUCGGUCCUCCAUGAAAGAUGGCAGACACGGUCAAACGUCACGAUCAGGCUCCAAGUCCCCGAAAAGGAGGCGAUCGCGCUCCAAUUCCCGCACGCGCCGUUCCCGUCACCGGCGUUCUCGGUCGCGCUCCCGGGACCGACGCCACCAUUCCCCGCGCUCUCGCUCGCAGGAACGCCGUGACAGGGAACGUGAACGGGAGCGGCGGCAAAAAGGUCUCCCGCCUCCCAAAAAUGAGACUCUGAGCAUCUGCAGUACAACUCUGUGGGUGGGCCAACUGGACAAGAGGACUCAGCAGCAAGAUGUGGCCUGUUUGCUGGAGGAGUUUGGACAGAUCGACUCAAUCAACAUGAUUCCUCCGCGAGGCUGUGCCUACAUCGUCAUGAUCCACCGACAGGAUGCCUUCAGGGCCCUGCAGAAGCUCAGUCGAGGCUCCUACAAAGUCAACCAAAAAGCCAUCAAGAUAGCAUGGGCUCUGAACAAAGGCAUCAAGGCCGAUUUAAAGCAGUUCUGGAACGUGGAGCUUGGUGUCACCUAUGUUCCCUGGUCCAAAGUCAGGGAGGAGCAGCUGGAGGAACUCAAGGAAGGAGGAAUGCUGGAUUUGGACACUUUAGCGCCAGAGUGGAGCACUAUAAAGAAAGCUCUGGAGAACCCAGAGGAGCUCACCCACAACGGUGGAGACGAUUCACAGCAGCUUGAGGAGCCCCAUGGGUUGGCUCCACUUCCUCCUCCACAGCUUCCUCCGAUGCUCGGCAUGGGUUCUGUGCCACCACCUGGUUUCCCCACUCCUAUGGGCAUGCCGCCUCCCGCCUUCCCGCCGGGCAUGCCCCCACCACCAUUCAUUAGACCGGGCUUCAACCCCAUGCAGAUGCCUCCAGGUUUCCCCCCACCAGGUGCCAUGCCUCUCUCCAUGCCGCCGCCCUCCAAAGGUGAAGACAUGCCUUUGGUCCCCAGGAAACAUGAUGAGCUCCCGGACGCUCCAAACUUCUUCAACAACCAGAUGGGAGCUAUGUGUAACCAGGUGGGCAUCCCCCCAGGUGGCAGCAUCCAGGCCCCAACGGGUGGUCUGAUGGGAACCCGGCCCGGUUUGAUGCCGAUGCAGCGCCUCCCGGGCCCUCCGCUGCUGCACGCACAGCGUUUCCCACCGCCGCCCGUCCCGCCUCCGAUGGUGCCCAGGGGGCCCCAUCCUCCACCCCUGAUGCACCACGACGCCCCUCCACCCAAAGGAACCUUUGCGAUGCCCCACAGCAUGAGACCGCCCUUCCCACCCCAUGGGCCAUCUCCUCAAGGUCCUCCCAUGCCUCCUUUUAUCAGACCCGGCGCCCCACGUGCAGUUGAGGACGAGGAGGGACGCCCUUUCCGGGGUGAACGCCCAGGAUUCAGGGAGCGCGACCGGGAGCCGGAGAGAGAGCGAGGAUUCAGCAGCGCGGUGAGGCGCCCGUUUGGCGGUGAUCGCUCAGAUGCGAGGGACAGAGUGGAUGGGAGCGGAUGGGACAGAGACAGGCGGGACAGGGGUGAGUGGGAAAAUGGCAGCAGGGAGGCCCAGGAAAAAGGGAAAGAAGGAGAGCGGCCCAAGCGGCGGGAGAGGACCACCCGUUGGGACCGCAACGAUCGCUUGACCGAGCUCGAGAACAUGGACAAGCUUCGCACCUCUGAGGGCAGCGCCGAAGCGCCCCAAAAGACUGCCGAGUCGGCCCCUCCCUCUGCCGAGUCUCCCGGAGGGCCGCCGCAACCCGUAGAAGCCAAACAGGAAGCUGUGUCGUAGUGUGCACAAUGUCUCCCCCUUGCUGCGUCGACCCAAACUGACUUGUGCGCCAAGUGAACGUGUUGCAUAAUUCCCCUUCCUGUACAUUGUGUGAAUGCAUCACUUUCAUAUUUUUUAUCUAUUUAAUCAUGUUUUUAGAUUUUUUUUUUUAAAUAACUUCAUAAUUUUGCAACCACUCCGUCAUGAAUGACAUUUUUGUUUUUUUUAUCCGUCAGUCAGUCAUCUGCUCCCCCCAGGCCUUACCCCCGUCGCCCCGAGCCCCAGCUCAGACUGUCCGUUGUCAAAUUGUUCUUGGGCAAGACAGAAAAUCUUAAAUUUCACGGAUUGGGUCCGACAGCGUCUUUCACGGCAGCAGCUAUGUUUUGGUAUCUGAAUGGGAGAAUGAGAGUGCCUGAUGGUGUGGAUAAAGUGCUGUAUAAGUUCACUCCAUUUACAAAUUGGCAUACAUUUGGAGCACCUAUCUCAUUGGUUUACCUUUCAGCCCUCCUGCAAUUGAGCCUGUGAAAAAUAUAGGGGGGGAAAAAAAACAUUUAAUUGUUCAAAAUAGCAUAAAAUAACUUAUCCUGUUCUUUUUUUCUGCUAGAGGAGGAGAACUAUACACCUUAUUUCACACCACUGGACUUCAUGGUUUGCGUCCACUGCAUACUCAUCGAUGCGUGUAGGCCUACACAGUAUUUGCCUCGCUCUCUCUGGCUCUCAUUUUAAUGACGUUUUGAGUAUAAAUUGAAUCUGGUUGGCUUUUAUGCUGCUGUUAGAAUUACCCAUUUUAAAGUUUAGAAUCUUGAAAAAAUGUAAAUCAAGAUUUGGGGAUUUUUUAAAAAAAGUUUUUCAUUUGUCUUUCCUUCUUUUCCCCUCCGGCAGUGACACUAAUUUCAACCUAGUUAAACAUUCACAUUUGAGAAGUGUUCAAUCAGUUUGUAAAAUUUUCCUGCAUGAUUUGCAUACCCAGGAACAUUUCAGAUUUUAAACUUUUUUUUUUUGUUUGUUUUCUUCACUUUUACAUUUUAAAGUGUAAAAGUCUAGAUUUAUUCAUAUAUAUAUAAUGGAAAACAAUGCUUAGGUUAAACUGUCUUGAUGCUCUAAAAAUAGUGCUCAGGAGGGUUAAAAUAUCACAUGCAAAAUGUAACUUUUCAGAAAUUCAUGCUUGAAUUUGAUUUGAGGUUGAGAGUACAUUUUUGUGAAUGGACAGAAUUUAUGCAAGCUUUUCCUCUGAGUUGUCCAUUUUAAUAGUACAUAAUUAAUUAGCUUAAUCGGAUAGCCCAACAAUGGCUAAAGCAAUCUGAACUAUCUAUAAUUUUCAAUUUAUUUCAAAGUAGCUGUUUUUUUUUUUUCGUCGCACCCCCCAACUACUGUAACAUUUGCGAUUCCCCCCGACUUGAAUCUUUCAAAUCCUGAAGGAAAACAGAGUCAAGCGACAGCUCGGGCUCUCCACUGUAAAUAUGCUUUUCACUGUCACUAGCGCAGUUAUCAUGAUGUGAAACUCAUUUCACCCAAGAGCACAUCUUAUGAAGGACCCGGAUAGAAUCGCAACUUUUGCUUUAAGCUGUUAGGCUGUGUGAAGGUUUUUGUUAACAGUACAAAAAACAAAACAAAAUGAAAAAAAUGACAUGGAUGUAAAAUGUUCAACAUUUCAGCCACAAAAAAUGUUUUUAAUAAACUAUUUUUCUACCAAAUUGUGCAUUUUUAUAUGAUGGUUGUAAUCUCUUUAAAAAACUGUCCAAAAAAGUAAUGCAAGACUAUACAGUGCAGAAGUUAUACAGUG